GACGCGGUUGCACGCUACUCGGUUGAUUGAAUAUUGCGCUUCCAACAGGGAGUGGAUUAUAAACAGUGUCUUAUUUCAAAAGUUUUGUGUGGGUUGGUUGAAUGGAUUUUUAGUUGCAUAUAAAAAUAUUGAUAGUGAUUUCUUAUAGGUGUGUAAUGGUGUAAAAUAAUUGUAAAUCAAUAUGGCGACUACAACUAUGGUGGUGUCACCGCUAGCCACGCAGCCGACUCCUAAGAACAAACGGAGACUAUUUGCUGAAGCUAGACAGAACAGCUUACAGAAGCUAAGUGUGAUAUUCGACCAUGGACAUAAGAACGGCAAUGGUGGGGAGACUACAUGGUGUUUCAGUCAGGUGAAGGGCACCUUGGAGGACGACGUUACCGAGGCUGAUCUCAUAUCAUGUGUCGAGUUUAACCACGAUGGCGAGCUGCUGGCCACCGGUGAUAAGGGCGGUAGAGUUGUUAUAUUUCAGAGGGACCCAGCAUCAAAACAAUGUGUUCCUAAGAAGGGCGAGUAUAAUGUAUACUCGACGUUCCAAUCACACGAGCCAGAGUUUGACUACCUCAAAUCACUGGAGAUUGAGGAGAAGAUCAAUAAAAUUAGAUGGCUUAAAAGGAAGAACCAGGCGCACUUCUUAUUGUCAACCAAUGACAAGACUAUUAAGUUAUGGAAAGUGUCGGAGCGGGACAAGCGCGUGACGGGCUACAACACGCGCGAGGAGGGCGGGCGGCCGCGCGACCCCACGCGCGUCACGGCGCUGCGCGUGCCCACCGUGCGCCCCGCCGACCUCAUGGUGGAGGCCUCGCCCAGACGGAUAUUCGCAAACGCACAUACAUACCACAUAAACUCGAUCUCACUGAACUCGGACCAGGAGACGUACCUGUCGGCGGACGAUCUACGUAUCAACUUGUGGCACCUUGAAAUCACCGACCAGAGUUUCAAUAUCGUCGACAUUAAGCCCGCCAAUAUGGAGGAACUUACCGAGGUUAUAACAGCGGCAGAGUUCCACCCGACUGAAUGCAAUCUCUUUGUAUAUUCUAGUAGUAAGGGUACGAUAAGGCUGUGCGACAUGCGCGCGGCGGCGCUGUGCGACCGGCACGCGAAGCUGUUCGAGGAGCCGGAGGACCCGCACGCGCGCUCCUUCUUCUCCGAGAUCAUAUCCUCCAUCAGUGACGUCAAGCUCAGCAACUCUGGCAGAUAUAUGAUGUCUAGAGAUUACUUAGGUUUAAAAGUAUGGGAUCUUAGAAUGGAAACGAAGCCUGUAGAAACAUAUCCAGUACACGAGUAUCUUCGCUCAAAGCUUUGCUCGUUGUACGAGAAUGACUGUAUCUUUGAUAAGUUUGAGUGCUGCUGGAGUGGAGAUGACCAGCGGCUUAUGACCGGUUCUUAUAAUGGAUUCUUUAGAAUAUUCGAGCGAGGCGGUGCGGGCGCGGGCGCUCGGCGCGGCGAGCUCACGCUGGAGGCGUCGCGGGACGCGGCCGCGCGGCCCCGCCAGCCGCUGCGCGCGCGCCGCGUCGCCGCCACCGCCAAGAGGAAGAAGGAUGAAAUAAGCGUAGACUGCCUGGACUUCAACAAGAAAAUCCUCCACACAGCCUGGCAUCCGCACGAGAGUAUCAUAGCCGUAGCUGCCACGAACAAUCUUUUCAUAUUCCAAGACAAAUUCUAGCGGGGCCCCUUAGCUAUGCCUUAGGUGAGCGAGGACAUAAUAUACUAUACAAAUCUACUAAACCUUUUAUUUGCAACCUACAGCCUUUUAUUUGCAUCAUAGAACAUAUGUGCAAGCAAUAAUUAGGAUUAUAUUGUUGAAAUUAUUAAAGAUUAACAAUUUGUGAAUUUGGAAAGGAAUUCUCGCAAUCGUUUGAAAAUAUUUUUAUAUUAAAUGAUGUCUUAGGGAUUAUUCAUGAUUCUACUUAAACCUAAACUCAUUUGUUCAAUAAGAUUUUGAAUUUAUAUGUCUUUCCAAAGUCAUAAAAUAAUUUCUGAGUUAAAUGUAAAGGUGUAAAUGAUUUUAUGUAAUAUACAAUAAUUUACAUUUUGAUUUCAAGCUUUUAGAUCUAAAAGAAAUAAACGCGACAAAAACUAGAAUUUAUAUGAAUAAUACAAAAAAAUGCUAUUAAAAAGUCCAUAGAAUAGAUAUAGCCUAAUAAUGUCUUUAAUAAUUCUGCAAAUUAUUAAUAUGUCCUCCUUGCCAUAGGCUAGUGUUAAAUAUAUCAUGUUACAAAGAGGUAAUUGUCAGUUAAAGUUCUUAAUAUAAUAAAUGACGUACAUAAAACCUUCAUACUCAAUUCAUAUUUAAAAAAAUAUAUAAAAAAAUAUACUUGUUUAAAGUUUAAAGCAUCACAUUAAUUCACUAUUAAUUCAAGCUAUUGCUGACAAAUACCUCCCCAUAUGUUAAAUCAAUUAAUCAGUUUGUAUGUUUGUUAUUCUCAUAUUAUACAAUUUAUAUGUGAAUUAAGUACCACCGUUUAUACCAAAUAAAUUUAUAAAUAUUUCAUAAAAAGGACUGAUCCGAUUUAUUUUUGGAUCUCUAAAUCUAUAAAAGUUAUAAACGGGCACAUUGAUUUGUAAUGUUUUAAAAGAAUGUUUGUAAAAUGUUUGUCAGUUUGCAGUAACAAAUAUGAACUUUAACACAGUAACAUAAGGCUUAAAAUGUAAUUGCAAUCCAUAUCCAUGUAAUGUUAAACUGUAAACAUUUCAGUGUUGCCCUUUUCAUUUGUUUAAAAAGUCCAGUUUUUUUUGUUUAUAUUUCAAUAUAUUUUAUAACAAACAUACAAUCUGACGCGAUAUCGCUAGCUAGGUACUAAGGCCGUUAUUCAAACACUGAUAUAAUUUAUACGCUUUUCAUACUUAAGGUUCUAAGCGGUAAUUAAGUAUUUAUUGUUUAAAUGAUGAAAAACACGAAAAUAGGUUGUCGCUUGACCAUACGGAUGAGAUUAGUUAGAAUUAUCAAUUGAUAGCUACUGAUGUGUUAAAUCUAUGACGACAGACAUGCACAGAUAACAAAUCGCAUAUAUUUCAUACGUCAGUGUUACCAGUCCAGAUAUUGGUAUUAAAUUCGGGACACAGGGGUGAGUUUCAUUUGUAAUAUCAUUUUAUUGAAAUACUCCUGUGAACCAAAAAUAGCCAUAGAACCGUCAACAUGUCGCGAAUAUUAUUAUAAGUAAGAAAAAAAUAUCGAUUAUGUAUGAAUUCCAAACUUGUUGAUAAAAUUGGUUCGUUUUAGUAUGUCUUAAAAUUACAAUCAAAAUAUGGUCUGAAAGGACAAUGAAAGCUGGUUAAUAACUACUAUGCGGAUUAAUUAUGGGAUCGUAUACGUAAUAUGAAACGCCUAAGGUUACACUGGGUUUUUUUUAAUUUUUUUACCCGUGCCUUACACUGAACGCAGUGUUUUUUUGUUAAUCGUCGUUCUUUUAUUUAUUAUGUAUUUUUUUUAAGUCUUUGUGAUUGUUUUUACUCGAUUCGGGGUUGUAACCCUCAUGUUAACACUGACUUGAUGUUUGUUAAAGAAUUGUUACUAAGUCUGCCCUCUUAUCUAUAGACCAAUAUAUUCUAUUCUAUCCAAAGUGCACUCCAUCCGAAUAAAGUCUCGUUACAUACAUUUGAAUAUAAAUCCUUUAAAUUUCAAUUUUAUUAUGAAUAGCGAAAGCGAUGUUACAAAACUGAUUUCUAACGUUGUAGCCGGGCUGUGAAUUUUGUGCUUUAGAUGUUAUAUAAGUUGCUAUCGAAUAGAAUGCCUCAUAACAUUUUAAUAACGAUUGUAAUCCUUCAUCGAGGGCAGAAUGGUAAAGAAUGUUCUGGAUAGAAAUUCUAUAAAGGUAUAGGAAAGGACACGGUGAAUUUUUAUAUUCACAUAAUAAGUCUAAAGUCAAGAACAAGGCAAUAUCCAAGAUAAAGAAUGUUUGUUACAUUAGAAAUAAAAGUUCAUUAGGGAUUAAUUGGGCAUACAUUACUUACAGUACAUUGUGAACAGUUUUAUGUGAUUUAGUUAUUCACUUAAUUGUAUUUAUAAGGAAGCUUGAACGAUAUAAUAUGUAAUUGAUAAAAAAAAAAUGUAAAUAAGUGAAAGUAAGGAGGCCUGAACAAUAUAAAUAUAGGAUACUAUGUCACAACACUUGUAUUAUUGUACAGUUAUACAUAUAUUGUACUUUUUGUAAAGCUUUCUAAAAAAAUUAUGUUCACCGAUUAUUAAAUAAUUUUUUUUUAAACGUUUUUAUUGAGUGUUAACGAGUCAAACGUCUGUUGAUAGUUUAAUGGACAUUCGAUUGACGUCAAUAAUAUACAUACAAAAUUAGAACCAUAUCAUAAUUAAUUUGUUAAAAUUUCACUAAAAUAAAACAUUUUAUGAACUAGUUCAGCGACUGUGACAAGGUCCUAAAUAGUGUAUAUUAUUGACUGUCUCCUAUAAGCCUCUAACAAAAUAGGAUCGUAAGGCACUUCCAUAGCUUGUGAAUGAAUCCCUAAUUACAUUUUUUAUGUUGAUCAGUUUGUAUAGUUGAUCUAAAUUAGGUUUCAUUGUGAGGGGCCCGGUCAAUUCCCCACGCGUUAGAUUAAGCAAACACAAAUCGAUGCUGUCUGCUAUGUUAUUGGCCGAUAGGAAUAAUAGUGAUAAAUGUGUGAUAUUUAUCGGAAAAAUAAAAUUGCCUUCGCAGCUAAGUUACUUGUUGCUUUGAAAGCAAUUUUGGAAUUGACUAAGACCCCACGUAUCAGUGUAAAAAUGAGCUUUGUAGUAUAAAGCAAAGACAUGUAGUCGGUGAGUGAAAGAGGAUGUGUGUACGUCUUAAUUUAAGUCUAGGUUAUAGUUAGGCAAAAAAAACUGUGAAUGCAUACAGUGAAUAAAAAAAUCAGUUUUUUUUCUUUCCUGCAUCGAGGGAUCAACAGGUCGCUUUGUGAUAAGGGCGUUGUGUGAUAAACGGACAAAUGUAUGUGAAAGUUUGUGAGGUACCUCGAGAUGCGAUUGUUGACAACGAAAUCAUUGUGGCUGCCGGUCGGUUGUCGCGCCUUCGCCUUGACGCUUUACAAAGUUCGCUUUCUAUUGAUUCAUUCAUGCUUCGUUGGUAAAUUUAAGAUAUAUAAAAUGUGUCAAAAUCAUUUCAAGAGUGUGAAGUCUACUUGGCUAAGUCGGAAAAAGGAAGUAAAUUCGAUGUUUUCUUAAAAUUUUAUAAACAUGGACAUUAAUGAAAAAAAAAGAAUGUAUAUUUCGCUAGUUUUUAAUUAACUGUGGCAAAAAUUAAAGGAAACUUGUACUGAAUUUGACCGUUUAGCCGUAUUCUGUAAUGGAUUUUAUAUUUAUAGCAUGAAUGUUAUUUUUUUAAUUUUGGUGUUAAAAUAUUAUGUAUAAAUGUGCCAUGGUAUCAAGACGAGGGCGCGGGCGUGUUGUGCGGGAGUUGUUGUUGAAUCCAAAAUAUUUCCUAUAAUAUAAAUUUUUAUAUCUGA